UGAUUCAGUAGCUUCCGUUUCAUCGAUACUGUGAGAAGUGAUUUUGCCGUGCCGUGCAGUGUUUUUUUUUCUUUCUUCAAUUCCCUCCCCAAACGAUGACAGCUCCGAACACCGAUCGUCACCUUACCCAGCCCUACGAAUGGGCUGGACCGGUGCCGCUUAAAACUAGCCUACAGCGUGCGAGGGAAGUGUUUGCGACGCUGCUUAACCUGCUGGUGUUUGCCUUCGAAUCGGUGCCCCUCUGGUGGGAAACGCUGGUCGCACAGUUUGUCACGCCGAGCUCAAAAAACAUAUCCGGCCAGACGGCACUGGUGACGGGUGGUGCGAACGGGCUGGGACAGUCGAUCGCAAUCGCACUGGCCAAGGAGGGUUGCAACGUGGCCGUAGUGGAUGUGGACGAAACGAACGCACGCGAAACGGUGGCCAACCUUCGCCGCUACAACGUGUCCGCCGAGGCGUACAAGGUUGAUGUUUCGGACUACGAGGCAGUCCGCCAGCUGGGACGCGACGUCGAACGAGAUCUCGGCCCGGUCGAUAUUCUCGUGAACAAUGCCGGCAUCUUGCCUACCAGCUUCUCCCAGGAUGCGCUUCCAUCCCACAUCGAACGAAGCAUGGGAGUGAACGUGCUGUCAAGCGUUUGGACCACACAAACCUUCAUCGACAGCAUGAUCCGACGGCGGAAGGGACACAUCGUAGCGAUUAGCUCGAUCGCCGGCUACAUCGCCCCGGGGUGGGCAAAGACGUACGCCACGACCAAGUUUGCGCUGCGCGGCUUCAUGGAUGCGCUCGAGGACGAUCUAUAUCUGCGGGGACAGGCGAACCAUGUGCACACUACGACCGUAUUUCCUUUCGCGUUCAACACGCGCAAACAGGCGAUCAGUUUGCUGAAAGCAUCGUCAGGUCUUACUCGUCUACCAAUCUACGAGCCGGCCAUGCUCGGUGAGACGGUGGUGAGAGCGAUCAAAACAAACCAGCGCAAGGUGGUAGUGCCGGAGGUGUUGAAACCGUACCAGCUGUCCAUUUAUGAGAAUCUACCCAUUAAAAUUCGCCAGCUAUUGACGCGAACAAUGGCACAGGGUGAGGUAAAGUUGGUAGAUUAGCGUGCUGACACAAUCACCAUGAUCAAAUCAUUGGAAUCGUAAUCGGUUCCAUGCUCUUUGAUUGCAAAUUUUGUGUGCAAGAUAAAUUGUAGCUGCUGCGGGAAAUAAAUUUACAUUACUAAGGAUUGUA